AUGAUCUCUCAAGAUGAUGAGACUGCUCGGCGAAUGUCUUGUCAAGCGGAGAUGCAAAGCCUUCGUGAGGAGCUUGACUUCCAGCGUCGAAAGCACGACGAAGAGGUGCGUGGUUUGGAAGAGAUGGUUAAGGACGAACGGGACAUGCCAGACCGCGAACUUUGGCAAGAUGAGCUGGCAAGAGUUAUUCAUGACAUUCAGAACAAUUAUGAUGACCGUCUAGAGCAGUCCAAACAGGAAUUGGAAUCCAAGAUGCUUUUGCGGGUAGGUAGAGAAAGAAAAUGUUAG